AGCUUAAAAUGGACGCGAAAAAACUUAGCUUGUGUUUUACUUAUUUCAUUGAGAAUUAAGUAAAGUGAAACCUUUAAAAAUCAUAUAAUAAUAGACUGUUUGCAUAUUACGUUAACUACUUUACACAGUAAAAGUGAAAGACAUUAUGUAAACUUAUAAGAAACUUAUUUUGUGUUACUUUUAUUAGUUGUUUGAUUUAUUUAUGCAUAUAGGUUAUAAUAUAAAAUCUAAAUAGAAACUAUGGAAGUUGUGGAAGAGUGUGUGGUUCAGAGUGUUUUAAGCGAGGAAAUGUUAAUUAAUGUUAACGAUGGGACGCCUUGUAUAUCCAGCGCGGCAGACGAGAUUCCGAGGCCGAACGGUGUCGCCGAAACUGGUGCCAUGGCCAACUCUGAUUUAGUGGCGGUGGCCGAGACCACCGUUCAGGAUCAGAUACAGGUCGACAGCACGACGGAUCAUAUGCAUGUGCCAGUAGAUACGAAUAAAAUUAGUGGACUAAUAUCUGUAGAAACUGUAGUUUCUACUGAGGCUAGUGCUGAGGCAGUGCCAUCAACUACUGAAGGCGAUCAUCAACUUAGUACUGAAAACCAAGCGGAAUUGAUUGCCAUCAUCCCAGAGUUGGCUUCUAAAAUACCUGAAGAAAUAUCAGAGUUACUUGUUGGUCAAUCCGAAGAGAUUAUUGAAGAAGUUAUUUCACAAGCAGAGGGAUCGGUUGAAAUUAAUGUAGAAUCUAGUGACCAAGUGACUUUUAAAACUGAAAUAUUAGUUGAGAGGAAUGAAAAUGAUACUAAUGAGAUUGAUAAAAAUGUAGGUCAUGCUGAUGAGCUUGAUGCCUCCAAGAGUAUGCUCAGCGCAUUGAGUGAUGUGCUACACUCAGACAACGUGGAGAACAAUAAUGGCUCUGUGAGACAAGAAGUUUUAAACAAAGAAGAAUUAUUAAACAUUUUGGAAGGCAAUGUUGAACAGGCUGAUGAGCAGUAUAGUAAGAUCAUUCCAGAUGAUCAUAAAAAUGUAAAAACCAUGGAAGCCCAGUUGGCUUUACAACAGUUAACAAGAUUGAAAUCUGCUAAAAGAAGUGUGAGACAAACUCCCCGGAGAAAAAAAUCAGAGAAAAGGCUUUCACAAAAUAGUAGUGAUAAAUCUAAUAAAGAAGAAACCCCAGCAGAUGAAAAUGAGGUGAAUUCUGAUGAACCUAAACCUAAAAAAAUUACAAGGGUGUCAGGCCCAUCUUCUAAGACUUCAGAUGUGGUGGCUUCAGAUGGUAAAACAAGCAAAAAGGAUAAGAAAGCAUCAGAAGAGAAACAAGAAAGUAUGUCUUUGGAAACAAAAAGUAAAAAAAACCGACAUACCGAUUCAGAAAUAACAAUUAAUGAACCCAAAUCAACUGAAGCUAAGAGUAAAAGGAAUAGGAAACCUGUAGACAUAGUUUUGAAACACUCAGAAAGUCCUACUGAAAGUAGGGUAAAAAAAGAAAACCAUAAUGCAUCAACAAUUGCUAAUGAUAUGGAAGUAGAUGAAGAUGACGACACAGAGACUGAUGCUAAUAAAUCAAAUAAUGUUAAGGAUAACAUUGUUAAUGACCUGGUGAGAGAUUGGGAAGAUGAUGAACCAAUAAAAGAUGACGCUGAUGAAAAACUUUUGGAGGAAAGUCAAGGCCUUAUAAAGUCUACUGAAGCUCUUACAACAACAAUAGAAACUGUUGCAGAGUCAGACCGCAUUGAUGGAUCAUCUAUUGAUUCAUCUACUAGUGAUGCUACUGCAACAAAUAAGACUGCAGAUGAUGGUCAGCCCCAGCGCAGGCUUGGUAGAGUUAUUAAGAAAAAAGUCAUAUUUGACCCUGAUAAUCCUGACACAUUCACAAGGGGCAAGCUUCCUGCCAAGCCUAAAGAAGCGUCUUCUGAUAAAGAGCAGCCAGCUCCUAAAAAAAUUAAGACUGAAGUUCAGCAAAGGCCAAAAUCAAAGUCCCCAACAGGAAAAUUGCACUGGAAAAAGCCACCACCGAAAGCUACUAAAGGAAAUAAAAGACUUUCUGAAGUUGACAAGUUAUUAAUGGAUGAGGGUGCUGUAAAUAUGAUAUACCAGCUUACACCUGAAGCUCCUAAAGGUAAAAAGAAUAUGAGAACCAAAGCAGAAUUUAUCAAGAAAAUCCAGAGUUCAACUCCAGAUGGCAAAGAAAUGAAGUUUAGGGAAAGAAAGAAGGAGUGUAUCAAAGAGGAAUCAGAAGCUAAGAAGAUUACAGGUGGAAAGCAAAGGGGAUCUCUGAGUAGUUCAGUUAAGUCAACAGUUGAGGACUUUGAGACUCACAGUGCUGAUGACUCCAUUAUCUACCGUCGUCAUUCUUCAAGCUCCUAUUCUAGCAACUGUAUGAGCCCACUCAGGCUUAACGACCAAGAUUCCAGUGCAUUAUUAGAUGCCUCGCGUUUCUCCCGGCAAAUGUCUGAUAGUCAGAACCUUUCUAAUGCUGAUGAAGAGUCAGUUGACCAAAAAUCUGAAGUAUUCAUGUCUGAUGCGAAUAUAGCAUCACCUAGUGAAGUUAUCAAUAAAAGUGACUGUUUGUCCAUUAAACAAAAGCUGAACUCCAAACUCCAGAAUGUUUUAAACAAAAGGAAACGUGACAAUACAAAGACAGAUAAGCCUGCAAAACAGAAGAAAGUGGCCCCUAAAUAUGACGAAAAUUCUUUUAAGAAGGAGGAAGAACUGCAACUGUCCAAGCUAAAGAACCUGUCUGUGAAAUUUGAUCAUAAUUUAGCAGAAAUUAAUGUAAAACGGAAAGGAGAUCAAUAUACUAUCGAGACUUUGAAAGACCUCGAACUCGCGUUAGCGUACGUUAACAACAAGGAAGACAUUGCCGUGACACUCCUGUCCUCUGAAUGUGGAACACUGUGCUCAUCUAUUGAUUUAAGUCCCCUGCUCACUGAGGAUGUGGAGAUCAGAACUACCAAUGCUGUCUUAUUUGCAGAAACUAUAAGAUCCCUGUUGAGCACAGUGGAGCAGCACAGCAAGGUCCUGUGCUCGGGCGCGAGCGGCGCGUGCUCGGGCGUGGGGCUGGCGCUGGCGGCGCUGGCCGACGUGGCGGUGGCGGGCGAGCGCGCCAGCUUCGCCGUCGGCGGCCUGCUCGUCGGCUCCGCGGCCUUCCUGGCGCACGCCCGCCUGCCGAGACCCACGGUUGACAACUUGAUUGUGUUCGGCCGUAGACUGUCGGCGGAGGAGGCGCAGCAGGCCGGGCUGGUCAGCCGAGUGGUGUGGCCGGAUCAGUUCCACGACACGCUGCGGAGCAUAGCUAGGGACAUCGCCAAACAACCUAGCAGGACUAUCUUGGUGAAGAAGCAACUUUUGGCCAUAAACAGAAGUGAAAAAACAUUCCAAUCGAGUUUGGAGAUGGAACGUGACCUCCUCGUCGAUUAUUGGACGUCCGACGAGGGCAUGGAGGCGCUCCGAGCUAGCCUGGACACAGCCUAGCCUAACUCUUAACAGCCAUGCUACGGAGACAAUACGUCAAUGUAAAUUAAGAACUCUAUUUAGAAUUUAAUCAUAGCCAGUAGUUAAUAUACAUAAAUUGUGGCACUGAAUUAUUUGAAAACUACAUGUGUUUGAAAAAAUAUAUGUAUAUCUAUGUUUAAGUAAAACAUUUUGUUAAAUAUUAUUGGUACUGAGGUUGUUUUCAAUGGACUGCAAUUUAAAUGAAUACACAUUUGAUUAGAAGGUAAAUAACUUCUUAGUUCGUAUGCUUAUUGGCUGUAGUGACAAAAAUAUAAUUUGUUUUUAUCUACUCGGUGUAUGGGUACUUUUGCUGGCUGGUUCUUUUCUGUAACAUUUAUUUCCAUGCCUAUAACACUUUAUUGACAAAGAUUCUUUGACUGUCCCGAAAAACAUUUGUCAAUAAAUGUAUUUCUUUACUAUAUUCAUGUUUAUAAAAUACAAACAAUAAUUGUUUAAGCCUUAUCACUUUCAAAUUUAAACAUGUAUAAGUAAUGAUUUUAAUAAUUAAUUAAUAACUCUUAUAAAUGGUGAAUAUUAUACACGGUGGCUAAAAAAAUUCGCGAUUUCGUGGUUGGUCCCAUAGUAAAAGUAAUAUAAUCCUUACCUCCCUGGCAACGGGAAUGCACUUAUUUUUAGCCACCCUGUAUGUCGUGAGUUGUUGUGGGCGUGAUCCACUUACAAAUAUUUUGAUUACCUAUUACAAUAGUAAACCUUAUAUUAUGUGUAUGUCAGUGCAAAGAUAAAUUAGGUUCACUACCUUGCCUAGGGUAAUCUUAUAUUCUGAACAAAACUGCUUCAUUGAUUUUAGCUCAAAUUAUAUUCCACGGUUAAAACGAAUCGGAUUUAUUUAAAAUGGAGCAGUUUUUGACGGACUAGGUGUUAUUAGAUUUAAUUACAUUAUGUUAUGUUAUCUAGGAGGAUAUAACCAAACGGAAACGCCACGUCUGUAAUUUUCUGUACAAAAAACUCUGCCGAUUUUUGCGGGGGAGGGGAACGCCUGUUAAUGGCUACUCCGUUUGGUUUUAUCCUCCUAGUAUGUUAUAGAUGAAAUUGUUUAUGUAGUUAUUUCAGAUAUUUUAGUUUAUGAUUAAUCGCAAUAAAAUAUUUGCGCGUAAAAUUUACAAAAACGAUAUUGUGUUCCUCUCUUCUUUUUAUUUAACGUGAUGUGCGGAAAUCCUGGUUAUGUACUUGGGGGUUCAUACAAGAUUGAAUAAAUUAAAUUGUUAUUUACAAUAAACCAAUUGUCAUAAUAAGUGGGUACAAUUAAAUAGUAUAUUACAUACAUACCUAAUAUAACUGCCCAGUAUAGUAAGAUAUGUCUCCUCGGCUAAUAAUAACAUGUGAUCUGGCUUCCAUUUUUACUGACCGAGGUGUGUCUACUACUUUUCUGUUCGAUGGAGCCGGAGCGGCAACUAGGUUUAGCGCAGCGGCCGAAACUUGACGCUUUCCGGCCGGAGUGCAGAAAAUAUAAUAGUUUCACAUUACGACCAAAGUCAAUAGGUACAGUCAGCAACACUAUUGGCCUGGCAGCCUGCAUAUAAAAAUGUAUGCAGGGGUGCUAAGCUAACAGUUUAGCUGAGUGUACUAACAGCAACACUUUCAGCCGACCAUCGGUGGACCUUAUAUCUUUGCAAUAAAGUUGAUGAGUUGUCAGUGAACAGUGCAGACCAUGGGACUGUGAAUUUAAUAUUGAAGUACCAUGUCGUUAAAAGCACUUUAUUGGAAUUACGAAAAUGACAUGUUUCUAAGCGCCACUUGCACCAUUAACUAACCCGGGGUUAACCGGUUAAACCUGGAGUUACCAUGGAUACCAGUACAAUUUGACACCGGGUUAACGCUUUAGCCGCUUAACCCCGAGUUAGUGGCCUAAAUAGUAUUAAACCGAAACUUCUUACGUUUACUUUAAAAUAUUAGCAAUUUAUUGAAUUACAGUGAUUUCAGUUAUUCUAAAUUAGGUUCUACGUAGGCGCCUGUGCUUAGAGCAUAGCAACAGUUGCGAAACUUAUAUUCCGCACAUUUUGGCUGUCCUCUUUAAUUUUGCCUGUCUAUCGAAAUACGCCUUGAAUUGGACGAAAAAAUCGAUAAUUAUUGAAUAAGUACCUAUAGUUGGUCAAGCAUAUCUUGUCAGUAGAAAAAGGCGCGAAAUUCAAAUCUUCUAUGGGACGAUAUCCCUUCGCGCCUACAUGUUUUAAAUUUGCCGCCUAUUUCUACUGACAACAUUUGCUUGACGAACUAUAGUGGCAUUCCUUUGUUCGAUUGUAAUUAUAAUUAUCGUUUAAUUUUCUAGAUUUAAUUUUACUGUGUCUAUUACCUUCUUAAUAGUGCAAUCUCGAGUCUGUUUAAGACGAAAGGUAAACACUGUAAUGGUUGUUAAAAGCAUGAUUUCUAAUUCCACCUUAAUGCCAGCGUCUCAUCAAGUCAACAGUACUCUAUCUUUUCCCUAAGAACAAUUGACAAUUGUUUCAACCAAUGACUUUUUUUAAAAAUGGAUACGCUCCAAGCGUCAAGCACAAGACACAAAAUACUUCAAUCGUCGUCUUGCCUGAGCAGUGCACAGACGGCGUAUGAUUAUCACUGCUUAUAAUAUCAUUGUAGUAACCCUAAUGUAUUGUCUUCACCUUAUAAAACAGUACCUCGCCGCGUCUGUCUGUCUGUAUGUUCGCGAUAAACUCAGAAACUACGGAACAGAUUAUCAUGCGGUUUUCAUCUACCAAUAGAAGGAUUCUUAGGAAGGAAGGGUUUAGUUCUAUAAUUUGUUAAGAUUUUGUGUAAUCCGUGCGAAGCCGGGGCGGGUCGCUAGUACUUUUAUAAUUUAUACAUAUAAAUAAAGUGCCUUUCUUAAAAUAUCAUUGUUUUAACACUGUAGUUAGAUUAAGGUAUGAACUACACCUAGGUGAAUGCGCAUUCAGGCUGUCCCCAUAAAGACUGUAAGCCAGUAUACAUUACCCAAAGCCAAAAAAGGCACCAUAUUGUUUUGUUGCAAAGUUAUUAUAAAAUUAUACAAAUCACAUCAAUAGUUUCUACUUCAAUUUUCACAUUGUUUCAUCUUUAUAUUGCAUCUAAAUCGCAAAUAAAUCUGUGCCCUGUUUCUGAAUAAUAGCCUUAAUAAUUAUAUGUAAUUAAUUUGGAUAUAAGCUAAAUUAUGACUGUCAGUUUUUGUAUAUUAUUAAAUCUAAACAUUUAUGUUUACCUACUUGAUCACUUAUACUGUUAUAUUUAGUUCGUUUAAAUGGUUGAAUAAAUCGUAUUUUAUUGUCGCA